GCGCGGGGAUGCGGGUCUUUCCCGGCUCAUGGUCCUCAAACGAGGCCUCGAGGCUGAGGGAUGCUCCGCGUGGUAGGAACCGGAACACAAGGGGCUCAGAGGUGCCGAAGGGACGCCAGGCGUGGCCGGCACGUGUCGGUACCGGGGACCCACCGCCCGUCACUCCCGUCCAGCGCGGGUCUCCAAACAGGCCGCGCUCUCCUACGGGAAGGGGCCGCUGCCGCCCCGCCCAGAAGGCACGGACCCGCGGGGGGCGCGGGGUCGCGUCGCUGUCCACCCGUCCCGAGCCGGAGGUGCAGCCUGAAGCCGACCCUCUGGGAAACGAAGCUGUGGCCCCCGAGUUCACCAACCGGAACCCCCGGAAUCUGGAACUCUUGGCCGUGGCCCGGAAGGAGCGGGGCUGGGGCACCGUGUGGCCCUCCCGGGAGUUCUGGCACAGGCUGCGAGUUAUAAGGACUCAGCACCAUAUAGAAGCACUUGUUGAGCAUCGCAACGGCCAGGUUGUGGUUUCUGCAUCCACACGUGAGUGGGCUAUUAAAAAGCACCUUUACAGCACCAAAAACGUGGCGGCUUGUGAGAACAUUGGACGGGUGCUGGCGGAACGAUGCCUAGAGGCAGGAAUCAACUUCAUGGUCUACCAACCAACUCCUUGGGAGGCAGCCUCCGAAUCGAUGCAGCGGCUGCAGAGGGCUGUGACGGAAGGUGGUGUGGUGCUUCGGGAGCCUCGGAGAAUUUAUGAAUGAGACAAGCAUUGUUUGGAACUUGUCAGUGUUAAGCUGUCAGCCAUUACAUCCCUCAGAAGGGAGCCCCUGGAAGAACAGCCGACUUGGAAGCUGUGCGCAGUAAUGUAACUGCGGAGUGUUGUUAGCAGUUACAGCCCCUUCCCCCCUUGUGUGCGGGGAAGGCUAAAGUCUUCCCUCUUGGACGUGAGAGAAGUAUCUGAGAAAAGCUGUCACCAGUUAUAAUUAACUUUUGAAGGACAAAUUAAAGGUUUAUCAGUUAAAGAAUAAAGGCAUAGUGUGAACUUUAAA